AUGCCGAAAGACGACUCGAAAAACUAUCGGCAUGAUGCCGCAGCCUCCGGAUCUGCCGCAGCAAAAGACGACGAUGACACCAAGGAUAAACCCAAAAAGGUGCUCCGUGCGUGCGACGCUUGCCAUCAUCGUCGAGUGCGUUGUAAUCACAACAAUCCUUGCAAAAAUUGCAUCCGUCUCAACAUCAACUGUACUUGGAUCAAAGCAUCCAAAGGCAAACAGGCGUCGGGCCGACGUAUCGAUCUCCUUCGAAAAGGGCACAACCCGGCUGCUGCCGACCUACCUCAUUCGCCAUCCAAUGCUCGGCCGUUGAGCGAUCAGCAUGCUCCGAUGACAGCACCCAGUCCGUCCGGCUUACGUGUCAUUUUGCCGCCACCGGGAGGAGCCGGACCGCCUGCCUCGCACUCGCACUCGCCUCGUCACUACGCGCCACCUUCUGGAAGCUCUGCGAUGAGCCCGCCAGGUAUGCCUGCCAGCGCUGGUUCGCCUUCCUCGAUGAUGGGAUCCAGUUUCUACCCUCGCGAUGCUCCGCCCAUCUCGUCAAGGAACUCGUACGGUGGUGGUGGUUAUGGCAGAUACGAUGCCAACGUUGGUGGUCCUUUUCCUCCUGGUGCGCCUGGUUCUGCUCAUCAUCCUUCACCUUCUUCGCACUGGUCCAGUCCCUCUUCGCGCUCGCCCGGACAUCGAUACCCUUCGCAUGGCGGAUACGGCCAACAAGAAUACCCAUCGUCGAACAUGCCUCCCUCGACCUCUUCUUCGUCCAGCCACCACCAGCAUCAUCAAGGAUACCGGCCGCACCUUUCGCCAUCGCACGCCUACUCGCAGCACCAGAAGUACCAGCAGGUCCCACCUCAUCACGCAUCUUCCGGUGCGCCUCCACCUCCUCAGCGUCACCCAUCGAACGCCAGCCAAGGCGCGGCGCAAGCGUCAGGCUCCAACCUCGGCUUUGCGCCUUCCGAGUCGUUCUCAGAAGGUCUAGCUGGCUCUUUCUCCGAGCUUGCACCCGAUGUCGCCGCUAGCCUUCGCCUGCCUGGCUUCGACACUUCACUCGCCGACUCCUACCUCAAUCCGCAAGAGGGCAGCGAUCGUCGCCGCAAUGUCCUUCUCGAAAUGAAUGCAGGUUGCAUGCCCAUGGAUGGCCCAAGCAACACCGGCAACGGAAUGGCCGGACAGCCCAACGGCCACAGCGGCAGCGGCAGCAACAACUACGACCCCUACAACAACGGCAGACAAACCUUCCUCGACGUUCUCGGUCAAAACAGCCAACUUCUUGGCGGCCCUUCCUCCACUCCUGGCUCCGUCACUUACAGCGAACCAGAUUUCAACAGCAACGAACCUCAUCCGCUCUCCGACUCAGUACUAAUCCCAAGCAUUGCCAUCUUCUUCGAGCGUCUUCAAUCGAUCAUGCCUGUUUUCACCCGUGCUUGGAUCUUUGGUAAGAUUGACAGGGGAGAGCAUCGCACGGAUCCACAGCUGGGGGCGAUGUUGAUUGCGCUCAGUGCAUUUGCGCUUUGUCAGCCGGUCGAUUCGGCGGAUCCGGUCGACAGUUCUUCGCGCAAGCGAAGGGUGAGGCGACUGUUGGAGGAGUCGGUCAAAAUGAGAAACAGUGCGCUGUUGGGUAGUCAUCCGUCGUUGGAGGCUAUCAUGUGCUCCUUCUUUAUCUUUGGAACGCUGUUUGGGCUGGGAGAGGAGAACGCAGCUUGGUUCAGGUUGCGUGAGGCUGUCACGCUGGGAUACUUGCUCAGGAUCCACGAGACAUCUUCGUACGAGCAUAUGUACAAAGACGAACAGGAGAGGAGGUUGCGAGCGUAUUUGCUGUUGGCAAUUACGGAGAGAGCUUAUGCUAUUCAGUCCGGUUCAUCGAUUACGUUUAGGGGUAACCCGAGAAAGGCAACUGACUCGAUCCGACGAAAGUUCGACGUAGCACAGUUGCAAGACUUCCCCAACUUGCAGAGCAGGCUGUUCGAUGUGGUGGAUGAGAAGUUCGUCGAUUGCUGGAAUAUGAAAUGCCCUGGUCCGGGAUGUGACUAUUUGGAUGCCAAGCGAGCUGUUCAGUUGCAUAGGGCGAUCAAGGAGAGUGACGAGGAUGAACAGAAGGAGAAAGAGUCUUUCUAUUGUGAUAGAGCUUCUUCUUCCGGUGCUGUGCGAAAGGAGAGCUCCUACCACAGGCAUCAUUCUUAUGGUGGAAACUCUCACUUCUCGGAGAGCGGGACGAAGAUGGAGGAUCCAAGCAGCAACGGAGGUCAUGGGAGCAAAUCUGAUUGGGAUAAGUCGAAAGUUCAGAAAGCUGAUGUAGAGGUUACUCGACAAUGGUUACUGAAUCGACUUUGGAUGACUUGUCGGAGUCAUGGGUUGCUUACAGCUGAUGCACCCGAGGAACCUUUGCGGAUCGACUAUUCGAUCGAUAUCGCCCGUGAGACGCUACGCGUAUGCAACUCCCUCUCCCUCCGAUCUAUGGAAGCUCACGGUAUCGGUCUUACACGCAAACUCAACGAUAUCGCUCAAACCCUAGUCAUCGUCUGUCGUGACUACCCAGCAAUAGCCAUGUCAGUCCCGUUCGAAGGUGAUCCGAUCAAAACAGACCCAACUCUCUUUGGGCCGUACUUUGGUCCCUCCCCACCUACAGAUGGAUCUCAACACCAAAGCCCGCCCAGUACAGACCACCCGAUCGAUCAUCCAUCAAACAACUCGGCGGGGACGGCAGGAACAACAACUUUAGGUGUCGUACCCUUGGACAAAGCCUUUUCGCCAAGCUAUGCGAUCGAGGCGAUCCUACACAAGUAUUUGGAUAUCUUCAAGAGGUUCAGAGGUGGUGAUCAUCCCUAUUUGCCGCAGUUGGUGGAGGCGGUAAAGGAGUUACCGAAGAUGGCCGAGUUGAGCUUUGACAGGUUCUUGAGGGAGAUGGGGUUGUUCUAG